AUGGCGUCCGCCGAUGGCCCAGACGGUGCUCUGGACGAGAUGCUGGAUGACGCGCUGAGAGACCUGGAAGCGGACGCCGCCCCCCAGCCGCCUCCGGCCCCCGAGGACGGCGGCCCGAGUGCCGCCAAAACAUCUAGGCAGUCGGCCGGCACGAGCACCAGCGGUGAGCCAUCGGGCCUGACGUUCGAUCCCAUGAAGAGGCCGAGGCCCAAGAGGGCGGCGCCGCGAGGCGCGGGCGGGGCGCGGGGGGAGAAGCUGGAGGACGCGCGAGAAGUGUACGCGGGACUGAUGAGCCUCGUCCAAGGCAUGGAUACCCGUAGGUAUUGGAAGGUGGACGGGGUGGGAGGCGUAUCUAUGCGAUUGCGUUUGUGGGAACAUGGCGAGCAUUGCCAGGGCGGUGACGACUUGGGCGGUCGGCGAGCAGCACGUCUUCUGUGUUGGUUGCGCUGA